GGGAAAGUUUCUUCAGUCAAACCGCGGACGGUGCCGGUCGUGUCGUGAGAAUGAAGGUCAUCACCUGUGAGAUUUCCUGGCACAACCGCGAGCCGGUGUACAGCGUCGAUUUUCAGCAUGGCAACCACAAAUAUAACAGACUGGCCUCUGCCGGGGUUGAUACUGCAGUGCGGCUAUGGAAGGUGGAGAAAAAUGAAGAAGGGAAAGCAGUGGUAGAGUUUCUAGCCAGUCUCUCUCGUCACACCAAGGCCGUCAACGUUGUGCGAUUCUCCACCAAUGGGGAGAUCUUGGCAUCAGGUGGAGAUGAUGCAGUAAUAUUAUUAUGGAAACUAAGUGAAAGCAAAGAGGUGGAAUCUACUCCUUUUAACGAAGAGGAGGAGACUGAGUUGAGCAAGGAGAACUGGACUGUAUUUAAAUCUCUGAGGGGUCACUUGGAAGAUGUGUACGACAUUAGCUGGACACAGGACAGCAACUUCAUGGUUUCAGCGUCUGUGGACAAUUCGGCUAUUAUGUGGGAUGCUGUUAAAGGUCAGAAGAUGUGUAUAUUUAAUGAGCAUAAGAGUUAUGUGCAGGGUGUCACCUGGGAUCCUCUAGGACAGUACAUUGCAACGCUAAGCUGUGACCGAGUAAUGAGAGUGUACAGAACUGAAACCAAAAGAGUCGCCUUCAAUGUCAGCAAGAUGUUGUCUGCUAACCCCACACCUGAAGGAGAGACUAAAACUUACCGGAUGUAUCAUGAUGACAGUAUGAAGUCUUUCUUUAGGAGGCUUACAUUUACACCUGACGGCUCGCUCCUCCUCACACCAGCUGGAUUUGUGGAAGUAGGAGAGUCCUUUGUUAACACAACAUACGUGUUCUCUAGGAAGAGUCUUAAGAGGCCCAUAGCACAUCUUCCGUGCCCAAGAAAGGCCACUCUUGCAAUUCGAUGUUGUCCCGUCUUUUUUGAGUUGAGACCCGGAGUCAAAGAUGUGAACGGAGACGUGCCCCAGCAAAGUCUUGUCUCUCUGCCGUAUCGCAUGGUUUUCGCUGUUGCCUCAGAGGAUGCUGUGAUUUUCUAUGACACGCAACAGCUUUUACCUUUUGGUUAUGUUUCCAAUGUGCAUUACCACACCCUGAGCGACCUAUCAUGGUCCAGUGAUGGGUCGUUUCUGUCAAUCGCUUCCACUGACGGAUACUGCUCGUUUGUGACUUUUGAUGAAGGUGAACUUGGAGUUCCUCUUAAAGAGAAACCUGUUUUAAGUACUCCUGCCGCAGAAAAGAAGGUCAGGAGAUCUCAAGGGAGAAGGGUUUCGUCCCCAAUUUUACGAGCGGGUGAACUUACGCCUGCUGCUCGACUGCAAGAUCCGUCUAGUCCAGCCACACCACUGCAAAGCAGACAGCCUGCCACGGGCAACCCUCCAACAACACCAGUGGGAAUAACCAUUAUCCCUGCGACCCCCACCUCGGAGGAACGGAAGAACGCUCAAAACAAAAAUGCACAGCCCAGAAGAAUUACUCUGAACACCUUGGAAGCUUGGAGCAAACCCACUAACCCCAGCCCCAGGAGAAUUAAUCUGAUUCCUGUAAAGACGACAAAGUCACCAAGCACAGAGCCGACAGUACCAGUAUCCCCUCAACCCAGCCGAGUGCCGCCCAGCAGCACUGAAAACUCACCGAUUCAAGACCCCAACUGUAAACCCCCAGAUUCAAAGCGUCUAAAAACAGAAAAACCUGCAGUCAUCGUUAUAGAAGAUAAAAGCGCUGGUCCCAGUAUGGAUACAGCAGAGUAAGAACUGGUUGGACUGCAUGCCCUUCAGAGUGCAGGACAGAUAACCCUGCAUGCUACACGGCAAGCUCACCCCCCCCCCCCCCCCCCCCCCCCUUCCCACCAAGAAGACUUCACUUCUGUUCUCUUAAAACAUGUUGCUAUGACUGGGCUUUUCUACCCUUCUUGUCAUUGUGUUCUGCCCUUUUACUAGUCUUUUACGGUAAGUUCCUCUGCCAAGAAAUUCUGAGGGCAAUAGCUCCACGGAUGACGGCGGAUCCGAUUUCAUCCGGAUAAUAACAUACCACGAAGAAACUACUCCUCCCACUCUCCUGCUGGUAAAUACAGAUAUAUAUGUAGCUCCGCUGUCAGGCUCAAUUACCAAGUAAAGCCACUUAAAGGGCAAAUAUGUUCUUGAAUUUAAAAAUACAGAAUGUAAGUACGGUGGGUUAUGAGGCCCCUUUGACACUGGGUAAGUGGUCAUCCUGCACUUGUAUUAAUACAGCAGCAGGCAGCUCCAUUCAUUCUCUAUGGGAUUGAUGAAGAUAACUGAGCACAAAGCAUGAAUGGGGCGACAGCCCACUCGCUCAAUCUGUCGCUCUAUUCUUACAGGCGCAUGGGACUGCCAUAUUUGUGAUCAGUGGUGCCCCCACCCCACCGAUCAGAUGCUUGGCUCCAACCUCGUACAUAGGUAGUAAGUUGAUUUUAUAGUACAGCCCCUUUAACUCUGUCUACGCAGUGAUUUGGAGAUCAGAACCAGAAAAAUCUAAGCUCUGAUAUAAAGAUGUAUUAAGAGAUUAAUCAGCACAGCGUUUUUGUCUAAAAUAUAACCUUAAAAUGUGGACGUGUACUUUACCGCUGGGUUUUUCAAUGUUUUAUUCAGGUUUCAUGGAAUGUAUAAUUUGGUUACUACUUCCUGCACCCCCUUAGACGUACCCAGACUGUAGUCUGAUUGGAACGUCCAGGGGCGAUAGAUACUUUAGUCUUGGGAUCCACUUGUCCCAUUAAAUGUACAGAAUCUGCACUGAAGGGAAAUGUAUAUUCUGCUAUAGAUGGAGGGUUCAACACUUGGUAAAUGUGGUUAUGUCGGCUGCAUAAGGGAAAUGAACCCCUGAAGAUCAGCAAGACAUUUUAUUAAAGGGGUUGUCUCACUUUAGCAAGUGGCAUUUAUCAUGUAGAUAAAGUUAAUACAAGCCCCUUACUAAUGUGUUGUGACUCUCAAUAUUGCCUCCU